GAUAAGCCAAUAAUAAGUAUUUUUUUAAAAAAAUCUUUGCAAGAGGAUAAACUAGUUCAUUUCCUCAUUGUUUUUUCUGCGCUAAUUUGCCACACAAUUUUUUAUUUAUUUUUUAAAUCCAGAUGCAUAAUCCCAAAGCACAAUGUAACCUUAAUCUGAAAAUACGAACCGAAACAGCCACGAGAAAGCGAUAAUGUUGCGCAAAGUCAUGCUUUGGAAUUGGUUGAAAUUCCUUCUUCUGAGAUUCAUUACCUAAGGCUGGAAAGGUUACGGCGGCGCACGGCGACGAAGACGGCGACUGGUGGAGCAUGGAGAAAAAUUUAUAUAUUGGGCCGAAUUUAUGAUUUCAAAUCUUAUGUUCGAGCAGGCCUGUUUGAGUUAUUGGGCCGGUCCAAUGUGCUGCUAAUAAAACCCUUCUCAAAAAAUAAACUUUUUCGCAGAAAAAUGGCUUGCAGCUCGGGGACCUGUCAGUCCGGUUGCUACAGAGACGAGAAUUCCGUCGACGAAGACGGCCGGAAAGAGGGGCAGGUGGCGGCGAACGGCGACGGGUCGAAUCAUGUUUCUCCAAGGCGCGGCGGUGUGAAUGCUCCAGGAGUAUGCCUCAAGUGCAAGAUCAACGAAACCAUCGCCGUUACUCACCCCGCCGUUUCUGGCGCCGGCGGAGAGGGCGGGAGGUUCUGUGCCGAUUGCUUCCGGAGCAAUUUGUUCGGAAAGUUUCGGUUCGCCGUUACCUCGAACGCGAUGAUCUCGCCUUCCGAUAACGUUCUCGUCGCUUUUUCUGGUGGUUCUGCCUCUAGGGUGGCUCUUCAAUUUGUUCAUGAGAUGCAACAGAAAGCACAGAAGAAUUUUGAUGCAAGUAGAGAACGACAACGAGUAUUGCCAGUAUUCGGAGUUGGGGUCGCCUACAUUGAUGAAAUUACCAUGUAUGCAGAGGUUUCUAGUGAAUUUGAUAAAGCAACAAGCGAGAUGGAACUCAUUGUGUCGAACCUAUCACCACCAGCCAAACAGUUUUUUAUUAUUCCUACUGAAAGUGUCUUUUCACCCGAUUUGGCUGUUGGGAGAGACAGUUUGACAAGGUUGGGUGAUGCUGUCAGCGAUCUCACUGGGAAGGAAGAUCUCAUAAAGCAUCUGCGCAUGUUGUGUUUGCAAAAGGCUGCUUUAGACAAUGGAUAUACCAAAAUUGUUCUGGGAACGUGCACUUCCCGGAUAGCAUGCCAUGUGCUUGAAGCAACUGUCAAGGGACAGGGUUUCUCGUUAGCUGCAGAUAUACAAUACAUUGAUGCAAGGUGGAAGGUGCCUGUGGUGCUUCCUCUUCGUGACUGUCUGUCUGAAGAGUUGAAUAUGUUAUGCAGUCUGGACAGUUUAAAGACUGUAGAAGCAUCUCAGCAAGCUCGUGCUGGCAUUAAUGGAUUGAUAUCGUCGUUUGUAAAACUAUUGCAGGAGGAAAAUCCUUCACGUGAAAGUACAAUUGUAAGGACGGCCGGGAAACUCACGCCUUUCUCUUUCAAUAGAACUCCAGAAGUUGGUGAUCAUAACGAUCGUUUGGCUUCUAAGAGGAGGCAAAAGAAAUACAACUUAAAGCCCGAUGAAUCUCAAUCCCCAGAGUCCUUUUGCCUCGUAUGCAAUAGUCCGCUUAAGAAAACCGAUGUUUCAAGCCUCAACGGAUUCACCCUCAAGGAAACGAGUGCUGACAUGUAUGCAGCUGCAUGCUCGAGCUGCCAAUAUCAGAUCCUUCCAAAGGAUACCUCAUCUAUGGAGCAGUUUCUUUCUCUACUUCCUCAGUCCAUCAGUGACAGCCACAUGUUUCUGAGGGAGCAAAUACAAGAUCUUCUGUUAUCAGACAGCGAUGACGGAACCUAAAGAUGUGAUUUGCCCCUCAUCAACAUUCCUAAUCCACCUUCGCUAUGUUCUCGUUUAGCAGAUUUGGGAUUGAAGUUCCAAUUGGAAAAGAGCAAGACUUGCCCGCAGAUGGAAGCAGGAUGUGUGCUGUGAUGUUUUGACCUAGUUCUACACUUCUCAGAAAACAAGCUUAUUUUUUGUUGAGAAAACAAGGUUUUUCUUUCCCUUUCAACUUAUGUAAAGCAACUUAAACCAUUUUCACACAAGAUUACACGAUGAUGUUAGCUGUA